GAUCACUGUAUACUUGGACACUAAGUUUUCCCAGGUCGCGUCUUCAUUCCAGCAGUCUGUGCUACAGAUAUGAUUCAGCAACUAAUCCAUUUUGGACCAUGUGGAAUAUAAUGAGAAUGAAUUGCAUUUUAUUUCCAUCUCUUCUUUUGCUCUGUGCAACAGCCAGUAAUAUAUAUGAGAGGUCGCUGGUUCCCAGGGCUGCGACCCGCUCAGUGGCAAGGAUGGACGGAGAUAUCAUCAUUGGUGCACUGUUUUCUGUUCACCACCAGCCAUCGGCUGAGAAUGUGGCUGAGAGGACAUGUGGUGAGGUCAGAGAACAGUAUGGCAUUCAGCGAGUGGAAGCCAUGUUUCACACUCUGGACAGAAUUAAUGCUGACCCAAACCUUCUGCCCAACAUUACUUUGGGCUGCGAGAUCAGAGACUCAUGCUGGCAUUCGUCAGUGGCAUUGGAGCAGAGCAUUGAGUUUAUAAGAGACUCCCUUAUUUCACUACGUGAGGAUGGGGAUGGGUCAAAGUGGUGCAUUGAGGGGACGCCGUCCAGUCAGCCACUCACCACAAAGAAGCCCAUUGCAGGUGUGAUUGGACCUGGAUCGAGCUCAGUGGCCAUUCAAGUUCAAAAUCUGCUGCAGCUGUUCAACAUCCCUCAAAUUGCCUACUCAGCCACUAGUAUUGAUCUCAGUGAUAAAACACUCUAUAAGUACUUCCUCAGGGUUGUGCCCUCUGAUACUCUUCAAGCCAGGGCCCUUUUGGACAUUGUUAAACGUUACAACUGGACAUACGUGUCAGCUGUUCACACAGAAGGAAACUAUGGUGAGAGUGGAAUGGAGGCCUUUAAGGAGCUUGCAUCUCAGGAGGGUUUAUGUAUUGCCCAUUCUGACAAGAUCUAUAGCAAUGCUGGUGAGAAACACUUUGACAGACUACUAAGGAAACUGAGGGAGCGGCUGCCCAAAGCCAGAGUGGUGGUUUGUUUCUGUGAGGGGAUGACUGUGCGUGGCCUCCUUAUGGCCAUGAGGCGCUUAGGAGUGGCUGGAGAAUUCCUCCUUAUUGGAAGUGAUGGCUGGGCAGACAGAGAUGAGGUGGUAGAGGGCUAUGAGCAGGAAGCUGUGGGUGGCAUCACCAUGAAGCUCCAGACUGAAGAGGUCACGUCCUUUGAUAAUUACUACUUGAAGCUGCGCCUCAACACGAACACCAGGAACCCAUGGUUUGCUGAGUUCUGGCAACACCGUUUUCAAUGUCGCAUCCCGGGGCACCCACAGGAGAACAAGAAUUACAGGAAGAACUGCUCAGGUUAUGAGAGUCUAGAGGAGAACUAUGUACAAGACAGUAAGAUGGGGUUCGUCAUCAAUGCCAUCUAUGCAAUGGCUCAUGGCCUCCAUGACAUGCAUGAGCACCUGUGUUAUGGCCAAGUAGGACUUUGUGAGGCCAUGGACCCCAUUGAUGGCAGCAAACUGCUGGAGUUUCUGCUCAAGACCUCCUUCACUGGAGUGUCUGGUGAGGAUGUGUGGUUUGAUGAAAACGGGGAUUCACCAGGCAGGUAUGACAUAAUGAAUCUGCAGUAUGUGGAACCUGGCGUGUAUGACUACAUCAAUGUGGGAUCAUGGCAUGAGGGGAUCUUGAGCAUUGAUGAUUAUAUGAUUCAGAUGAACCGGAGUGAGAUGGUUCGCUCGGUCUGCAGUGAGCCAUGCUCUAAAGGGGAGAUCAAGGUAAUCCGGAAGGGGGAAGUAAGCUGCUGCUGGAUAUGCACUGCAUGUAAAGAUAAUGAAUACGUCCAGGAUGAGUUUACCUGCAAGGCAUGUGAGCUGGGCUGGUGGCCUGAUAAAGAGCUGCAAGGCUGUGAGCCACUUCCCCUGCAUUAUUUGAAGUGGAGUCAUGCUGAGUCCAUUGCUGCAGUGGUCUUUUCUUGUCUGGGCAUCCUAGUGACCAGUUUCGUCACUUUCGUCUUCAUUCUCUACAGGGACACACCUGUGGUCAAAUCCUCAAGCCGAGAGCUCUGCUAUAUCAUCCUGGCUGGCAUCUUCCUGGGUUAUAUUUGCCCCUUUACACUCAUAGCCAAACCCACAGUGGCAUCCUGCUAUCUACAACGCCUCUUGGUGGGCCUCUCAGCUUCCAUGUGCUACUCGGCUUUGGUCACUAAGACUAACCGCAUCGCUCGCAUCCUGGCUGGCAGCAAGAAAAAGAUCUGUACUCGCAAACCACGCUUCAUGAGCGCCUGGGCUCAGGUGGUCAUCGCAUUCAUCUUGAUCAGUUUACAGCUCACGCUGGAGGUCACACUGAUCAUUCUUGAGCCCCCAUCACCCAUCAAGUCCUAUCCAAGCAUCAGGGAGGUCUAUCUUAUCUGUAAUACCAGCAAUAUGGGCAUGGUCGCACCGCUCGGCUACAAUGGUCUUCUUAUUCUCAGCUGCACCUACUAUGCUUUUAAAACCCGCAAUGUUCCGGCCAACUUUAAUGAGGCCAAGUACAUCGCCUUCACCAUGUACACCACAUGCAUCAUCUGGCUUGCUUUCGUGCCCAUCUACUUUGGCUCCAACUACAAAAUCAUUACCACCUCGUUCUCCGUGAGCCUAAGUGUAACUGUUGCCCUUGGCUGCAUGUUCACCCCAAAGAUGUACAUCAUAAUUGCUAAGCCAGAGAGAAACGUGCGCAGUGCCUUUACCACCUCAGAUGUGGUGCGCAUGCAUGUAGGAGAUGGUAAAAUUGCCUGCAGGAGCAACAGCCUUCUCAACAUGCUAAAACGCAAAAAGAACGCCCCUGGAAAUGCAAAUUCUAAUGGCAAGUCUGUGUCAUGGUCUGAACCAGGUUCAAGACAGCCUCCGAAAGGAGAACACAUGUGGCACAGACUGUCUGUGCAUGUGAAGAGGCAGGAAGCCGGCUCCAAUCAGACAGCUGUCAUCAAACCUCUAACUAAUACCUACCAUGACACAGGCCUGGAAUUCUCAGACCUGAGCACCAAGACUCUGUACAAUGUAACCGAGGAAGAUGAGGGUGAGCCAGUCAGAUAUAAUCCUCCGGUCAGCCCUACUCUGAUUGCUCACAGGUAUUUACCUGGCAGUGAACCUGUGAAGGAAACAAUUACAAAGCAGGAAUCUUAUUCUCCAGAGCAACAGCUGUCACAGAAAUGCGUUCUCCCCCAGCAAGUCAUGGCAGAGCACUUUCAGGAUGUGAAUCCAGCUAUGCUGAAUUCCAGCAGGACUGAUCUAGAUGACAUCAUUAGUUUAACUGAACUAGAAAGUGGAGUGAUGCCACCAUAUCGACCCCUCAUUCUAAAGACACAGCAGGUUACACCCAUGCAGCUGAAUAUUUACUCUAAAAAAACAGACUCUCCAUUGGAGGAGGAGGAGGAGGACAUGGAGAACGAGCAGUUUGGUCUCCUGCAUGGCUACAUGUACAACAACGCACAAAUUCAUGAUGAUGAGGAGCUGGUGCAGAUUAAAUUAGCCAUGGAGGACUCACUGGCUCUAAUGCCACCCUCUCCUUUCCGGGACUUGGCAGGUUCAGGCAACCCUAUUCCCAACUCCCCGGUGUCUGAAUCAAUCCUAUGCACUCCACCAAAUGUGACAUAUGCUUCUGUUAUCCUUGGAGACUACAAACAAAGCUCAUCUACCCUGUGAUUGGGGGAAAAAAGCAUUUCAACCGAUUAAUUAACUGUUUUCUCAGAAUUUGAGAAACUGACACAAGCUGCCAAUAACUACAAUAUCACUUCAUUAGGCUCACACAUUUUCCAUUAUUCAUUCAUGUUUAAUUAUUAAAAGGACUCUCAUCAAUAUAUACCAGUGUAGAGAUAAAAAACAUUUUAAGCAUUACAAAGAAUGUAGAAUACAAGAGCGAAAUAAUAAAAGCAACUUUUCUAAGUUGAGAUAUACUGUAAAACUAUACCAUAUCACAUUUUUAAGACAGCAUACACUUUCUUGAAUAUGUUAGAAUAAACCCACAUGGUAAACUAGGAAUAAAUGGAUAAAUAUUUUACAUAUAUAAGAUGCCUGUUAAAAUGUAGCAAAGAUUAAUUAUAUUUAACUGCCAAUGUCAAAAAUCAAUGUGAAGUCAUAUUUGUCAAGGUGUUUUUAUAGUACAGUAUUUGUACACUUUUUUGUGGGAGCUGUGUGUUUACAGUAACUGUACAUAUAUUAUGUUAUUUAUAAAAUUAUUUUCCAUAAAUAAUUGUAGAACAAAUCCAUAUGUGGUACUAUUAUGUAAAGCAAAAGCUUGACUUAAAUGGUCAUAACCUCACUAUCGACAAAAAUCCUGUGAAUUUCAAUCAUUGUAUUUUGAUGCCUGACAUCUGUUUUUGUAAUGUAUUGUUUUUGCAAUGUAGAGGGUUUUUUAUUCUUUUAAGUUGCUGUGCUAUAUUAUUAUUAUUUUUAAAUACAUCUUGUGCUGUACAUACAGUACCUAGAUAUACAGUGCAUAAAAUAAAUACUUCUGCUUAGCAGAGCCACCGACAGCAUUUGCUCCAGAAUGUAGCUUUCUUUAAAAUUCUAAUUCUAUAGAGAUGUUCAGCAUUAGGUGCAUGACUGGUGUUUCAUAGAGUCAAGAAUAUAUACAUGUUUUGACCAUUUAAGUCAUAUGAGUAAUAAUUGUUAUAAAAUGUUACAUAAAUGAAUAAUACUGUCCAGUAUUUGGGUAAAUGUUGAUAAGUAUUUAAAAUUAUGAUUAAUAGGAAUUUGUUUUCUGAAUCAGUGCAAUAUUUCUCGAUCUCAGUCCACCACACCUACAAUGUGAUCACUUCUUAAUUCACACUUAACCCACUUUUGCCAUUACAAAAGAAAACCUUGGAACCAAUACCCUUUGUCCAAACCUCAGAGCAUAGGCACAAACAUAGAGUAUAAUGGUAUCAUGAUGUAGCAAAGUGAUCCAGGAAGUGUUGGUUUUUCUGGGGUUGUACAAUCAUGGGAAGAUAUGUCAUACCCUAAUAUGUAUAUUUUACUGGAAAUGUGGGUAUAGCACUUCUUUUAAAAAUGCUUGAAGGUACAUACUGUAAAUAGACCCUGUUUAGCUUUUAGAUGCAGCACUACAGUACAUUCAGGUACAGUAAAAGACACAUAAUAAAGGUCUUUUACUUUGUACCCUUGAAACUUUCCCCCAAGUGACAAGGAAAGCUUUUUAAUACUUCUUUCAGUGUGUGAAGAAAGAGUUUAUUAAGCUAAAUCUACAUAAAUGACAUGCAAGCAGCAAAGCACAGAUUAGCAUAACCUGCUACGCUCUCAGGUUUUUCUAGCACUGAAAAGCAACAAGAACUAGAAAUGUUCUCUUUUCUUGGUACUAUUGAUAACUGGUUGCUUCGUUUUCUGCUGUACUCUUUAAUUUUGCCAUCAAUUGUGAAACUGUACAUUUUGGUUGAACCUUUGUUUGUUUUUGGCCUGUAAAUGGUUGAACCUUGUUGUUUGUUUUUGGCCUGAAAAUUUGCACAGGGCAUCGACUUUUUUCAGUGCAUUUAUUUUAGUGAUAGAGAUCAGGAUUUAAAGACAGUGCUUAGUUUAAAAGUAAACUACAGCAUCUUCAAGAUGUUAAAACAGAACAGUAUUUAAAGGCAUAUUGUACUAUGAAGAUGGAUUUAAGGGUUAGCAUGCUAAUGUUUAGGGUAAUGUUCUGACCUCAGGCCUGUUAUGAGUUUACCUCAGUUAGCACACUAACCCAUAAAUACAGCUUUGUAGUACAAAUGAUCUGUGUUUCUAUUAUGCUGUACUAUAUGUAUUGAGCUUAUAUAUUUCUUCAAAUAGGUAA